GCUGAGCGGUAACUAGUAAGUGCUCUGCUGCUAUCUAACCAAGUUUGCCGCACAAGAUUAUACUCGGUAACAGCAGCACGACGAGUAGAAAGUGAAUCAAUCAUUGUUUCUUUCAGUUUCGAUUGUUUCGAUUGAUUUGAUUUGAUUUGAUUUGAUUGUGUCGUCGUGUCUCUGUAAAUUGACAAUUGUAAUGGAAGAAGAAUGUCUAGUACAAGUAGAAGAGAACAAGCAAGUGAUAUUCAGGGGGUUCAUAGAGGGAACUCCAAAGGAGACAGACUUGCAAUUGAUGGUUGGGAAGAAGAUUGAGCUUAAAGCUCCUCCUAAAGGCUCUGGCGCUUUUCUGGUCAAGAAUCUCUACCUCUCUUGUGACCCUUAUAUGAGGGGCCGCAUGCGUGAUUUCCACGACUCCUAUCUCCCCCCAUUCCUUCCUGGCCAGCCACUCCAAGGAUUUGGUGUCUCCAAAGUUGUGGAUUCUGAUAAUCCCAAUUUCAAGCCUGGCGACUUCAUCUCAGGGAUCACCGGAUGGGAAGAAUACAGCUUGAUUCCCACAACUGAGCUGUCGAGAAAAAUUAAGCCAGAUGACAUCCCUCUAUCAUACCAUGUGGGUCUUCUUGGUAUGCCAGGUUUUACUGCAUAUGCAGGAUUCUAUGAGGUCUGCUCCCCUAAGAAAGGGGAAUCUGUUUUAGUUUCUGCUGCUUCAGGAGCCGUUGGGCAGCUUGUUGGCCAACUGGCUAAAUUGCAUGGCUGCUAUGUAGUUGGAAGUUGUGGCUCAAGCCAAAAAGUUGAUCUUUUGAGGAAUAAGCUUGGCUUUGAUGAAGCGUUUAACUACAAGGAAGAGCCAGACCUGGGUGCAGCUUUGAAAAGGUACUUUCCUCAAGGCAUUGACAUUUACUUUGAUAAUGUGGGAGGGGACAUGCUUGAUGCAGCACUUGUUAACAUGAAAAUUCAUGGUCGAAUUGCUGUUUGUGGAAUGGUGUCUGAGAAAAACCUCUCUGAUCCCCAGGGCAUCCGCAACGUAUACAAUCUCAUAACAAAGCGUAUCAGGAUGCAGGGAUUCCUGCAAAGUGAUUACAUACACUUGUUCCCACGCUUCUUGGAACAUGUCAUUAGUUACUACAAGCAAGGUAAGAUUGUUUACAUCGAAGACAUGAAUGAAGGCUUGGAAAGUGCUCCAUCUGCUUUUGUUGGCCUAUUUUUGGGAGAAAAUGUUGGUAAGCAAGUCAUUCGUGUAGCCCAUGAAUGAUUCUAGCCUAUCAAAACAAAACAUGUAUUGAAUAUUAUAUUUUAAUAAAUAAGAAAUGGCCAAGUUGAGGCAAUUUACAGCCGGUAUAUAAA